AUGUCGUCCGGUCAAAAGGGACCUCGCCCCUUACCAUCUACUACUUCGUUGAACUCAUCCAAACCAGUCAAUAGCAAUGUUUUGUAUCGGUGUUCGACACUUCUAGCGAUCCAAAUCCUUAAGCGUAUUCGACCUCGAGAAGGGAACGUCCUCAUGUUGACGGAUGGACUAUGCGUCAAGUAUGGGCGCCGCGUUCAUUUAUCUGAAGCAUCAACAAUGCGGUUCAUAUCGCAACAUACAUCCAUCCCGGUACCAAAAGUUUUAUGCGCAUUUACCCGUUCCGGGCGGACAUAUAUCGUGAUGGAAAGGAUCAAGGGUGACAUAAUCGGCAGUGGAUGGGUGAAACGAAGUGAGGAUUCAAAGGCGGAACUUCUUUCGCAGUUAGCAGGAAAGGUUCGCGAGAUGCGGGACCUUCAGCCCUCCCAAGGCAAUAGGGUUGCUUCUGUUGAUGGUGGAUCGCUUUUUGACUGUCGCGUUCCGGGCCCUUCCUUACGCUUCGGUCCCUUUGAUACCGUGCAGGAUUUCCAUCGGCAUUUACGUAUGGGCAUGGAAUUUGAUUCAAGGCUUGAACCUGAAGUUCAGGAACUCAUCAAAAAACAAAGCAAGUCUUGGCCUCUGGUAUUUACUCACGGUGACCUUAGCAGCCUCAACAUUCUUGUACGUGGGGAUGAUAUCGUUGGUAUUAUUGAUUGGGAAACUGCUGGUUGGUAUCCGUCAUAUUGGGAAUACACCUCUGCCCACCAAGUCAACCCACAAAACUCGUUUUGGGUCAAUGAGAUUGACAAAUUCCUGCAACCAAUGCCCGAAGAGCUUGCGAUGGAACGGAUCCGUCAAAAACACUUUGGAGAUACUUGA